CUGCCUUCCCAUGCCCAUCCGGAAUCAGCUGCCUCGCUCAACCAUGGAAGGAGUCGAACACAAGCAGCAGGGACAUCAGGGCGAUGACAACCCUCCACCAGUGCAGGCGGCCCAACACGGUGGUGCUCGUGGCAGUUGGCUACUCGACCCCGCAAUCCUUGCUCUGCUAUUCCUCAGCGUCAAUGUCGCGAUCGGCGUCUACAGGUCGCGCGGUGACCUGUCAACGUUGGCCUUUCUGUUCUUCUCGUAUUUCGACCUGCUCCUGCUCUUCUUCUGCCUCAGGAGGUUCGAGCGGCUCACUGCGGACGCCCGGCCGGAGGAGAAGAGGAGGCUUAAGGUGACUGUUUGGCUUCUGUCGACCGCUCUCGUGGUGGCUUUCAGCUGCAGAGUCUCGGAGGUAAUGCCAUGGGCUUUAGCGGUUUUGGUUUGGGUUAUGGCGGGAUCCGUCACAGUUGGCGGAUUCUACGCUCUCUUUCUGUUCGAGGAGAAGGAUGAUAAGAGGGAACGAUGAUGUUCUUCGUCCCUCUUCCAUCUCUCU